UUAGAUAAAAACUCGUCCAGAAUUAGAGGAAUUGGUCAAUACAUACAAACCGGAUCUGAUUUGGUCUGAUGGCGGUGGUGGUGCUCAUCCCGAAUACUGGGAAGCUCAAAAGUUUUUUGCCUGGCUAUACAACGAUAGGGUCGGGAACUGGUGGAAAGCAUGGUGAUUUCUUCAACUAUGCCGACAGGUAUAACCCGGGAGUACUACAGAAACACAAGUGGGAGAACGCCAUGACUAUAGACAAGCAUUCGUGGGGUUAUAGACGUAAUGCCAAAUCAACCGACUAUUUGUCUACACAUGAUUUGCUCCUAACAUUGGCUCAGACUAUCAGUUGCGGUGGAAAUAUCCUGAUAAACGUCGGGCCGACACACGACGGCGUUAUUAAACCGGUAUUUGAGGACAGAUUACGGGAUUUGGGGCACUGGCUGUCUGUCAAUGGGGAGGCCAUCUAUGAAAGCAAACCCUGGAAACACCAAAACGAUACGACAACUAAAGAAGUUUGGUAUACACAGAAAGACAAAACUGUUUACUCAAUAGUGUUGUAUUGGCCUAAAGGUCAUGAACUGACUCUGGGAUCACUCGAUCACUCGACUGUCGGUGCCGUCGAGCUAUUGGGAGAAAAGGGUGAAUUGAAAUUCACUGCCGGCUCCGCAUACGUUGCGGUAGACUCUCACCUAACGGUGCAAAAGUAUACCCCGGACUGGGAGUCGCUCGACAAGAGACCAUUGCCCACAUGGUAUGACCAGGAUCACUCGACUGUCGGUGCCGUCGAGUUAUUGGGAGAAAAGGGUGAAUUGAAAUUCACUGCCGGCUCCGGUACCUCAACAGUCAUUACCCUUAUAUAUGGCUUCAGUGGUGAGGAGGCGCCCAAAUAUACACCGGACUGGAAGUCACUGGACUCUCGUCCAUUGCCCGCAUGGGCAUCGGGUGCUAAGUAUUUCGUGUUAACCACUAAACAUCACGAGGGCUUCACAAUGUGGCCAUCAAACUACUCGUGGGGCUGGAAUGCUAUGGAUCUCGGAUCACACCGGGAUUUAGUAGGUGAACUAUCAACGGCUGUCCGAAAACAGGGUCUCCGGUUCGGUACAUAUCACUCACUCGGCGAAUGGUUUCAUCCCUUAUAUCUCAAAGACAAGGGAAACAAAUGGCAAACCAAUGAGUUUGUGAGAAAUAAGAUCAGUCCAGAAAUGGUAGAACUCGUGAAUCUAUAUAAACCGGACCUAAUCUGGUCUGACGGUGCCUUUGAUGGCGCACCCGAUAGCUACUGGAAUAGCACUGAAUUUUUGGCCUGGCUAUAUAACGAUAGUCCAGUAAAGGAUGAGGUGAUAGUGAAUGACAGAUGGGGCAGUGAUACAGCAUGUAAGCAUGGUGGUUUUUAUAACUGUAAAGACCGGUUCCUUCCAGAUGUGGUUCAGCCCCACAAAUGGGAAAACGCACUGUCCGUAGAUCACGGGGGAUGGAGUUAUACCAAGAUGUUUGGGUACAAAGAUUAUAUGACCACAUAUGAGCUCAUCUCACAAAUGGCACAAACCAUUAGGUAUACAAAGAAAGACAAAACUGUUUACUCGAUUGUAUUGUUUUGGCCCAAGAAUUAUGAGCUAGAGUUGGGAUCCGUUGACUUUAAAACUGUUCAGUCGAUACAACUUUUGGGAGCGACCGUGGUCCACGUAUUGAGUGCACCCAAUGCUACGAAACCCGGUGCCCGAUAUGACCCCACGUGGGCCUCCAUAGACAAGCGUCCCAUUCCGGGCUGGUAUGACGAGGCAAAAGUCGGUAUUUUCAUACAUUGGGGUCUUUUCUCUGUGCCCUCCUUUGGGGACGAGUGGUUUUGGGAGCGUUGGAAAACUGAAAAAAGGAAGGACUUUGAAGAUUUUAUGAGCAAAAACUACCCUGCCAACUUUAAGUAUGAGGACUUUGCCCCUCUGUUUACGGCUGAAUUCUUUGAACCAAACCAUUGGGCGGAUGUCUUCAAGUAA